CUUUAUCACUUGUUGCGCCGCUGUUAGCUGCACUGUUAACAGGUCGUCCGCUUCGAAUCGAGUUGGGAAUUUUCCCAAAAGUGACAUUCGAUUCGCUGCAACAGGUUCCCAGCGCCACAUACCCCUGUUCAACGGGAACGCUUGCAUCCGGAGACGCAGACCGCAUGAAUCAGUCGCAACCGGUUGAACUGCCCACCAGUGAAAGAUGAGUGACGUUCAGACCGCCGAAGCCGAGGCACAGGCCCAAAACCAAGCGAAUGGCAACAGGACCAGGUCGCGAUCCCACUUGGACAACACGAUGUCCAUCCGACUGCUGCCACUGACCGUACGCUCCCAACUUUGUGCUCAUUUGGAUGCACUGGAUGUGUGGCAACAAAUGGCCACGGCCGUAAAACUCUAUCCGGACCAGGUGGAGCAGAUAAUCAGUCAGAAACAGCGCGGCCGCUCAGCCGCCAAUGAGUUUCUCAACAUUUGGGGCGGCCAGUACAAUCACACGAUGCAAACUUUAUUUGCUUUGUUCAAAAAAUUGAAGCUGCACAACGCCAUGCGGCUGAUCAAAGACUACGUUAGCGAGGAUCUGCACAAGUACAUUCCCAGGAGCGUGCCCACCAUCAGUGAGCUGCGUGCUGCUCCCGAUUCCAGUGUCAAAUUGGACAAUGGCCCGCCAUUUCCCUCCUCCUCAGGCGUCAGCAACUCAAACAACAAUAGCACCAGCACAGCGGCAACGGAAGCGAUUCCUAGCUUGGAGUCCCUGGGCAACAUACACAUUAGCACGGUCCAGCGGGCAGCCGAGUCCUUGCUGGAGAUCGAUUAUGCGGAGCUGGAAAAUGCCACGGACGGAUGGAGUCCGCAGAAUCGUCUGGGACAGGGUGGGUUUGGAGACGUGUACCGCGGGAGAUGGAAGCAACUGGACGUGGCCAUCAAGGUGAUGAACUACCGCAGCCCCAACAUUGACCAGAAAAAGGUGGAGCUGCAGCAGAGUCACAACGAACUUAGGUAUCUAAACAGCAUCCGGCAUGACAACAUCGUGGCCCUCUACGGAUACAGCGUCAAAGGGGCAAAGCCAUGCCUGGUUUACCAGCUGAUGAAGGGCGGUUCCCUGGAGGCUCGUCUAAGAGCGCACAAGGCCCAAAACCCACAACCAGCUCUCACCUGGCAGCAGCGGUUUAGCAUCAGUCUCGGCACUGCAAGAGGCAUCUACUUCUUGCACACGGCUCGCGGCGCUCCGCUGAUCCAUGGAGAUAUCAAGCCGGCCAACAUCUUGCUGGACCAGUGUAUGCAGCCAAAAAUCGGAGACUUCGGCCUGGUGCGCGAGGGUCCCAAGUCCUUAGACGCUGUGGUGGCAGUGAACAAAGUUUUCGGUACCAAGAUCUAUCUGCCACCGGAGUUCCUCAACUUCAAACAACUCAGCACGGGCCUGGACGUCUACAGCUUUGGCAUUGUGCUGUUGGAAGUGUUCACGGGGCGCCAGGUGACGGAUCGCGUGCCGGAAAACGAAACGAAAAAGAAUUUGCUGGACUACGUCAAACAGCAUUGGCGGCAAAACCGGAAGGAACUGCUAGAGAAGCACCUUGCUGCACCGAUGGGCAAGGAGCUGGACAUGUGCAUGUGCGCCAUCGAGACGGGCCUGCACUGUACUGCCCUGGAUCCGCAGGAUCGCCCAUCAAUGGAUGCGGUGCUCAAGCGUUUCGAACCAUUUGAAACCGAAUAGAUGUGCCUUAUUAUUUUACCUUUAUUGACGAACUUUGAAAGCUCGAAGAACCAUUUAAACCAUUUCCACAUUUUGUGAUUGAUUGCAAUAUAUUACUAACUUUAAGAUUGCAACGAAA